UGGCGAGCAGCUCUGUAUCCUGUUGACAUAUUCCCAGAGAAUACAUGUUUAUACACACUAUCAGUGCCCGAGACACUAAAUGUGCACACACAAUACUGCGGAACUGCCCAGGAAACCUAUAGUGUUAUUCCCUUAUCUCCAUUAGGCCAAGAGGAGACGAGUACAUCUGCAUCACCAGAUGCCAUGAGUGCGAUAAUGUUACGAGAAUUUGUGACGUUUCUGGCCUGCAUCAUCGGCAUCGCAAUGUGCUAUACCAACCCCCCCAAGUGCCCAGCCGAGUGUGAAUGUGAAGGCCCAACGAUCACGUGCGACAGCGAGUUAGGGCCAUCACUAGACCCAAGAUUUACCUCCUUCAAGAUACAAGACGCAAGUCAUGCCAUCACUACUCUCUCACCUGCAAUCACAACAAAACUGAAGAACCUGGUGGAGCUGCAGUUAGUUACAGUGAGAUUAACAGAGAUAGAGCCUGGAGCACUGGGCAUAAUUGAGCGCCUGGAAAACUUGAAGAUAGCCAAUAACAACAUCCAUAAAAUUGGAAUAGAAACUUUCAAAAACUGUAGCAGCCUUAUUUAUCUUAACCUUGAAAAUAACAAUAUUAACGUGAUUGAAGACGGGACAUUUGCCUCAAUGAGUGAUCUUCGUAACCUAAGUAUAGCUCACAAUGACAUAAUUGCCCUUCCAAAACACUUACCGGCAAACCUUCAAGCUCUAAACACAGAGUACAACCAGAUAACCAAGAUUCAAGAUUUAUCUCUUAGCAGUCUUAUUUCUCUCAACUUGUGCUACAAUUCCAUCUCUAACAUAGAUCCAGAUCAGAUUGAUGUAAAGAAUGUCAAGGAACUCUGCCUUGGAGGAACAGUGUUUAAACUAAGUGACAAUCUAAUAAGCCAUGACACUUUUCCAAUCCUUGAGAGCUUGCAGCUAAAAGGAACUACUCAAAAUCCUGUGUAUAUAAAGGAAAUAUUUCAACGAGACAUUCAGAUAAUGGCAGAAAUAUCCCUCCACACUUUAGAGCUAAAAUCUUGCAGCCUACUAAGUGCACGCUUUUUCAACCAAAUGAAGAGCAAGCUACAUAGCCUGAAAGUUACGGAUACAACACUGACAUUAAGAGACCUUAGAAUGCCCAAGUUUACACUUCCAUCUAUAACCAUAUUUGACUUGUCAGGAUCCCCAAAUCUGGCACGGCUGUUUUUAACUUCACUUGCUCCAACCACCCUACCUGAACUGAAGAUUCUACGAAUGUCUCACUGUAACAUUAAGAUCUUUCCCGAGUCGUUUCUUCAAUAUAAAACGCCAAAUGUCAAUCAAGUGGACUUGAGCCACAACCCACUGGAGUGUACAUGUUAUGGACUAUCUUGGAUCCCAAAAUACGUAAGGCAGCAGAAGCUCAUUCUCCUUCACGAAGAAAACACAACUUGCGGCAGCCCCCAGCACCUCAAAGACAUACCACUGCUGACGGCUACACUCUGUCCCAUAACCAUAAACACCGAUGAAUCCACAAGCUCUACUGUUUACUUGGGUACCUCAUCUAAUAAAACAGGUGUAUCAAUGGACCACCAGCAAUGGGAUCUCUCUGCUAACCAAACAGACUCAACCAUCGGUACAAGCCGCAACGAACCACAAAGUCAUCUGCCAGUGAUCAUUUCCGGAAUUGUUGGUGCUGCUGUUUUAGUGAUUAUAUUGAUUAUGCUUAUGAGACCGAUUCUUAGCUGCUACAGGAAUGGAUUUUUCCUAGUCGAGGACAACAGUAGCAAUAAGGGAACAGAUCGAGUGACAGUUGUAUAUAUGAGUAAAUCCUAAGAUUGAGUGACAGUUGUAUAUACAUGUAAGUCCUAAGAUUGAGUGACAGUUGUAUAUACAUGUAAGUCCUAAGAUUGAGUGACAGUUGUAUAUACAUGUAAGUCCUAAGAUUGAGUGACAGUUGUUUAUACGUGUAGUCCUAAGACCAACUCAUUACUGUGAUGAUCGAUAACAUGUGCAGUGAUCAAAGAGAACUAUGAUUCCCAGAAUACAUAGAGAAAUCCCACUAACGUGAUGUAUCAGUGAGAAAAUUUGUAGGAGCCGUAAUGUAGAUUCGAACCUAUGCGCUGGGAAUCUUUUUCUCAUGAUUCCCAGCCAAGUUAUGAGUUAAACAAAUGUCAAUAAAGCUUAUUAAAAAU